AUGGACCAAUUGAUUCCCAUCAUCAACAAGCUGCAGGACGUGUUCAGUGCCAUUGGGCAGUCUCCGAUCAACUUGCCGCAGAUCGUCGUCAUUGGCAGCCAGAGCAGCGGCAAGUCGUCCGUUCUGGAGAACAUUGUGGGCAAAGACUUUUUGCCGCGUGGCUCGGGCAUCGUGACGCGUCGCCCUCUCAUUUUGCAGCUUUACAACUCGUCAACAAGUGGCGGGCAGGAGGAGGAGGAAGAGGGAGCGGCUGCUGAGGGGGCCGAGGAGUGGGGCGAGUUUCUGCACGUCCCCGGGCGCAAGUUUACGGACUUUCACGAGAUCCGUCAAGAGAUUGAGAAGGAAACGGACCGCAUCACGGGCACGAACAAGGGCAUUAGCAACAAGAGCAUCAACCUUAAGGUCUUUUCUCCGCAUGUGCUGAACCUCACGCUCGUGGACCUGCCGGGGAUCACGAAAGUGCCGGUGGGCGACCAACCCGUGGACAUUGAAGAGCAGAUCCGAGACAUGUGCACAGCGUUCAUUUCGAACCCCAACUCGAUCAUUCUGGCUGUCACGUCGGCGAAUACGGACUUGGCCAACAGUGACGCGCUCAAGAUGGCGCGGGAGAUUGACCCGGACGGACAACGCACCAUUGGCGUGCUCACGAAACUAGACCUGAUGGAUGAUGGUACCGAUGCCAUGGACAUGCUACAGGGACGUGUGAUUCCGCUCAAGAGAGGGUACGUGGGCGUAGUGAAUCGCAGUCAAGCGGACAUCAACUCCCAGCUCUCGAUUCGUGACUCGUUGUCGAAAGAGCAGAAGUUUUUCAAGACGCACCCGGCGUACCGAGCCAUCGCGUCGAGAAUGGGCACGCAGUAUUUGUCCAAGACGCUGAAUACGAUCUUGAUGCAUCACAUUCGAGACUGCCUUCCGGACAUCAAAUCGAAGAUUACCAGCAUGGUCACUGAUCUGGAUCAGGAGCUUGGUGAGAUGGGGUCCCCCACGGAGCAGAUGACGGCUACUGAAAUGGGCGGCUGUUUGCUGAAUCUGCUGUCGCACUUUUCGAGCAAUUUUACGAACUCCCUGGACGGACGCAACCACCAGCUCGUGGAAAUGGACGAGCUGUACGGCGGCGCGCGCAUCAGUUACAUUUUCAACGAGAUCUUUUCCAAGUCUCUACGAGAAGUGAAUCCUUUUGACGGACUGAGUGACGAGGACAUACGUACUACCAUUCGCAACGCCAACGGCCCGCGCCAGGCGCUGUUCGUUCCUGAAGUUUCGUUUGAGCUGCUGGCGAAGCGUCAGAUCAGCCGUUUGGAGCAACCUGGCUUGCAGUGUGUGGACCUUGUGUUUGACGAGCUGCAGCGUGUGACGUCACAGUGUGAGACAAUCGAGCUGUCGCGCUUCCCUGAACUGCGUGACCGCGUUAUGGAAGUCGUGAACGGCAUGUUGCGAGCGUCGUUGGUUCCGACGCAAGCGAUGAUUCAGAACCUCAUCCAGAUCGAGCUGGCUUACGUGAACACAAACCACCCUGACUUUAUUGGUGGCAGCCGUGCAGUGGCCCAAUUGAUGGAAAAAAUGCAGCGUGAAACAAUGGCAUCAGCUGGGGCACCGACCAACAACAGCAUGGCAAAUCAGGACCCGCGGCGUCCAGGACAGGCAUCAAAGCAGAACGCAGCUUCUGCGCCUGCAGUAGAGGAGAAGCAGGAUGGAACUGGUCUCCCGUCGUUGUUUGGAAGUGGCCGCAAGAAAAGUAGUGCAGAGACGCAAGUGAGCUCGAAGCCGGCGGUUGUGAAGCUUCCUCAGGUACCAGUGAGCAUGCGACAAGGCGACGACCCCACUGACCGGGAACGCAUUGAGACGGAAAUCAUCAAAAGUCUGCUCGCGUCUUACUUUGACAUUGUGCGGAAAAACUUUCUGGACUUGGUGCCGAAAGCCAUCAUGUGCUUCAUGGUGGGACGCUCGAAGGAGAACAUUCAGAACGAGUUGGUUUCGUCCCUGUACCGCGAGGACAAGUUGUACGAGCUCCUGGCGGAGACAGGCGACAUUGCGGUGCGACGCUCCAACUGUGAUGAGAUGCGGACGCUACUGCAGCGUGCUCUAGAAAUCGUGAACGAAGUUCGCGACUUCAAUACGUUCAAGUGA